CAGAAGCUCCUGCACCAGUGCGGUAGGCGGUACCACGUCUUCAAUAACGAGGACAUGGGGAACCGCCGACAGGUGGAGGAGCUGCUGGGGAAAAUCGACGAGAUGUGGAGGAGGAGCUCUCGGCACGGACAGGACUCGGAGGAGAGGCUCGCGGACAAAGCGCAGGAGACAGCCGUGGAAGUGAGCACUCCGGUGUCGCGGCCCAGCUCUCUGCCCAGGAGGGCGGUGGGAAAACGGGGCAGUAGGUUGGAGUCGAUAAAGAGAGGGUUUGACUUCAGCAGAGGGAGGAUCCAGAGAGAAGUAAAGGGAAAGCCGCAGGGCCGGGAGGAGGAAGUGAGGCCGAAGCGUGCCGAGGGCUCUCGGGAAGAAGGGACGGAGAUGGCUGGUGGCCGAGAGGAACCGCAGAGCCGGGACGAGCUGGAAAACGAGCCGGGAGGAUCCCCGAGGUCGGACCGGCAAGGGGAACAGGCGGAGGGAGGGGGGAGACCGGGAAAAAACAGUGAGAGCGAGGCGAGAACAUUGAUCCCACAGCGGAGCAGGAAAUGGGAUAGAGGGAUCGUCGCAGAGGAGAAGGAGAAGGACAGAGAAGGCAAGGCAGGAGAAGACAAGGAAACACUAGCCAAGAUGCAGGGGGCAGAGGUGAGGGAGAACACUGAAAGGAAAAUGUGGGUGGACACUCCACAACACACCGAGGAAAGAAUAAAACUGGGAGCUGGGAUGGAACCAAUAUGGAACACAACAAGACAGGAGACACAACCGUCAUGUGAAGACCUGAAGAGGGAAAUGGAGCUCAGAGUGAAAGAAGAACUAAGGGCUCAGUAUGAAGAAGAGUUCAGAAAGAAAAAGAGAGAACUGAGGGAGCAAUAUGAGGACAGGCAGAAGAGGAGAGAGACUGAGCUGAGAGAGCAGUAUGAAGAGAGAGAGAAGAGUAGAGAGACAGAGCUGAGAGAGGAGCAGAGGAGAGGAGCAGAGAGACACCAGGAGGAACAGGCUCAGAGAGAGAGGGAGCUCACACAGGGAUUUCUGAAAGAGAUGGAGGAAUGGAGACAGAAAUAUGAAGACCUGCAGAGGGAAAUGCAGUCAGAGAAAGAGAUGUCAGCACAAGAGCUUUACAGGAGAGCAGAACAAAUCGAGAUGAUGACCAAGAGUUUAGCUAAAGAGAAAAUUAGGACAGAGAGACACCAGGAGGAACAGGCUCAGAGAGAGAGGGAGCUCACAGAGGGAUUUCUGAAAGGGACGGAGGAAUGGAGGCAGAAGUGUGAAGACCUGCAGAGGGAAAUGGAGGAGAUGAAAGAGAGAACCAAUGAAGAAAAGCUCAGAAUAGAAGAACUAAGGGCUCAGUAUGAAGAGGAGAUUAGCAGGAGAGAGACUGAGCUGAGAGAGCAAUAUGAAGAGAGAGAGAAGAGGAGAGAAAUGGAGUUGAAUCUUAAACUGGGAGAAAUGGAGAAGGAAGGAGCAGCUAUCGGGGACCAGCGGGAAGAUCAUCUGCAGGAGAAAGAGAGAGACAUCAGGCAGGAAGAUAGCAAGCAAAUAGAGGAACUCAAACUCAUGAAGUAUGAGCUGCAGAGAAAGAUGGAGACAGGGAGACAGAGGGCUGUGGAGGAGCUGGACAGCAUAGCAGAGGAAACUCAGUCCAAGUCCAGAAAGGACAGUCCUACACAAGGCAAAGAGCUGGACCUCCAGGGUGAAGAGGAGCUCAGCCCAGGAGAGAUACAGGGGGACAUGCAGAGAGAGGAGGAGAGUGGAGGAGAGAAGGAACUGGAACGACAGCUGGAAGCGAUGAUGAGAGAUUGGAAAGACCUGGAGCAGAGACACGGAGAAUUCCAGAGAAGGGAAAAACUCCUGGAGAAGAGUCUGGAAGAGAAGGUCAGGAAAUUUGAUACAAUGAAGCCAUUGGAUCAGGUCAAAGAGAAAGAAAUCGAAGAGGAGAGGACAACAUGGGCAGAGGAAGUCUUUAAUAGAGCAAAAGAGCUGAAAGAGUUGUGGGAAGAAUUAUACAAAGUGAAAGAACGAGAGACGGAAGAAAAACAAACGGAGAGGGAGAAAGCUUUACAGGAAAAGCAAAACGCAGAACAGAAGAAGAUGAAGGAGCAGCACAAAAAAGAGCUGGAGGAGAUGCAAAGGAAAGUGGAGGAAGAGACAUCCAGGGCAAUUGAGAAAAUGACACACAGUUUAGAAGCAGGUGUUAAAAGAGAGAGAGAGCUGAGUGAAGCCCUAGCCGAGCUGAUGAAGGAAUCAGAGGACCUGAGGCGGAAAUUUGAAGCAGAGGAAUGUCAGAGGACAAAUGAAGGGGAAGAGAUGUCAGCAGGGCAGAGAAGGACAGAGAAGGAGCUCCAGGAAGAUCUGCGGAAGGAGGUGGAGGAGUUGACCAGGAAGCACGCAGAAGAGCUCGAGAGAGUGAGACUGAGGUGUGAGGAGGAGCAUAGAGACAGAGCAGAGACACAGAGGCUUCAGCACCAGCAGGAGAGCAGCAGGCGAGAGGCAGAACUGAGGGAGCAAUACGAAGAGAGAGAGCUGAGAGAGGAGCACAGGAGAGGAGCAGAGAGACACCAGGAGGAGCAGGCACAGAGAGAGAGGGAGAUUAAAGAGGGAUUUCUGAAAGAAAUGGAGGAAUGGAGACAGAAAUAUGAAGACCUGAAGAGGGAAAUGAAAGAGAGAACCAAAGAGGAACAACACAGAAUAGAAGAACUAAGGGCUAAGUAUGAAGUGGAGAUUAUCAGGAAAGAGACUGAGCUGAGAGAGCAAUAUGAAGAGAGAGAGAAGAGGAGCGAGACAGAGCUGAGAGAAGAGCAGAGGAGAGAAGCAGAGAGACACCAGGAGGAACAGGCUCAGAGAGAGAGGGAGCUCACAGAGGGAUUUCUGAAAGAAAUGGAGAAAUGGAGACGGAAGUGUGAAGACCUACAGAGAGAAAUGGACGCAGAGAAAGAGCAGUCAGCACAAGAGCUUGACAGGAGAGCAAAGCAAAUUGAGAAGAUGACCGAGAGCUUAGCUGAAGACAAUAGAAGGACAGAGAGGGAACUCAGGGAGGAUUUCCAGAGGCAAAUGGGUGAAAUAACUCAGAAACAUGAGCAGGAAAUGGAAGAGUUAAGACAGAGAUAUGAGAGGGAGAAGGAGAGGGAAACAGAGCCCCUGAGAGAGACAAUAUCACAGGAGCAGUGCAGACUGGAACAAGAGCUAAGAGUCAAGUAUGAAGAAGAGAUUGGCAGGAGAGAGACAGAGCUGAGAGAGGAGCAGAGGAGAGGAGCAGUAAGACACCAGGAGGAGCAGGCUCAGAGAGAGAGGGAGCUCACAGAGGGAAUUCUGAAUGAGAUGGUGGAAUGGAAACAGAAAUAUGAAGAACUGCAGAGGGAAAUGGAGGAGAUGAAAAAGAGAUCUACAGAGGGACAAAACAGGAUGGAAGAGGAGCUGAGCUAUGAAGAGCAGUUGAGCAGCAGAGAGAAAGAACUGAGGGAGCAACAUCAAUGGAGGGAGAAGAGGAGAGAAAUGGAGAUGAAUGCUAAACUGGGAGAAACAGAGAAGGAUGGAGCAGCGAUCAGGGACCAGCGGGAAGAUCAACUGCAGGAGAAAGAGAGAGACAUCAGGGAGGAAGAUAGCAAGCAAAUAGAGGAACUGAAACUCAUGAAGAGAGAGGAGGAGUGUGGAGGAGAGAAGGAACUGGAACGACAGCUGGAAGCGAUGAGGAGAGGUUGGAUUGACCUGGAGCAGAGACAUGGAGAGCUCCAGAGCAGGGAAAAACUCCUGGAGAAGAGACUGGAAGAGAAGGUCAGGGAAUUAGAUGCACUAAAAAAGGAAUGUAAAGGAAACAAGGACCAAAAGCUAGAGGAGGCAAAACAGUCAUUAGCAGAGGAGAAGAUAAAAAUUGAGAGAGUCCUCAGCGAGCAGUUCCAGCAGGAGUUGGAGGAGUUGAAGCAGAAACACCAGAAAGAAAUGGGGAGACUCCAAAGCACUCUGGACAAGCUCCUCAAAUCCAAAACUGCACAAGAGGAACUGAGGACGAGCAUUGAAGAACAGCAGACGGUCCUGAUAAGAAAGGAAGACAAACUGAGGAGUCUGAGAAAUACAUUAGACCAAAAGUAUCGUGUCGAAGAGGAGAAGGUGGAGCAGAAAUACCACAGAAGGGUCGCGGAGCUCAGAAAGACUUUUGAGCGUGGGGUUCCCGGGGAAACAGAUCAGCCGAGGAAGACAAGGGGAAGCGGGAAUGGAGCAGAGCCGGAAGGAAGACGCCGCCAGCUUGUAGAGUUUGCAGAGCCUGAUGCCGAGUCGGAGAAGCCUUGCGCCGAGAGUCUGACCCAGGAAGCAGGGGUACAUGAGCAGCGUGGUCACGAGGAAGAAGCGCUCAGGAGAGAAUAUGAGACGGAGCUGCAGCAGCUGAAACAGAAAGCCGAGGAGGCCAACAACGAAGUCCGGAUGUUGCACAAGGAGAACGAGCUCGAGCGGGCCCGAGUGGAAUGCCUCCAGGACAAGUAUGAGAAGCAGUGUGAAGAAGCCAAGAAAGCCCGAAUUAAGUAUGACGCAAGUUAUCGGCAAGCGUGCGACCGAGUGAAAGACAUCGAAAAGAAAUAUAAAGAAAUGCUGGAAGAAAAGGAAGAGGUUCUGAGGAAGCUACAGAAGAAAGCGAAGGAGACGGAAAGUAAGGACCUGUGUGAGGACGAUGAAAAGUGCAAGCAGGAAACAACAGCCACGGAAGACACUUUAGCAGAGGAGAGGAGCAGGAUAGAGAGAGUCCUGAGAGAGGAGCUACUGCAGGAGAUGGAGGAGUUGACCCAGAAACACGCAGAGGAGAUGGAAAGGCAGAGAAGGGAGGUGAAGCUGAGGUGUGAGGAGGAGCACAGAGACAGAGCAGAGACACUGAGGCUUCAGCACCAGCAGGAGAGCAGCAGAAGAGAGACAGAGCUGAGAGAGCAAUAUGAAGAGAGAGAGAAAAGGAGAGAGACAGAGCUGAAGACAAAACUGGAAGAAGCAGAGAGGGAAAGAGAAGCAAUCAGGGCCAGGUGUGACGAGGAACUGCAUGAGAAAGACAGAGAGCUCAGGGAAGUACUGAAGGAAUUAAAGCAGAAAUACAAGGAGCUGCAGCGGGCUUCCCAGCACAGUGAGAACGAGGACAGAGGAGAUGUUGAAGAGCGCAUUCCAAACCAAAGCUCACCGACAUUGGAGGAGCUCACCAACAUUGAAAACGUGUGUGUAGCUCUUCAACGGGACUGCGAGCAUCAGACUAUGGCACUGGCUGAUAAGGAAAACCGUCUGCUCUUCUUACAAAGCGAAUUAUUAAACUUACGGCAGCAGCAACAAGCGGAAAUGGAGAACGCUAAAGAGAAAUAUGACAGCAAAUGUCGAGGGAAAGUAGCGGAGCUCAGAAAGAGGUUCGAGGAGGACCCCAUAAACAGGAAAGCUGUGCAUCGUGAUGAAGAGGAGAACGAGGAACGAGAAAGGCUUGAGAGGCUUUGCAGAGACAUUAAGAGGUCGUACGAGAAGAAGCUGAAGAGAAAAGUGAAGGAGCUGGAGGAGAGGUACAAGGAGGAAGAGAGCAAGGUCACGCAGGAAAUGGAGAUGCUCAAAGGGGAAAUCACCUCUGAACGCCAGAAAAAACUAAUCAUCCAGGAGAAGUAUGAAGCGAAGUGCCAGGAACUCAAGAAGGCCAAAAUGGACUAUGAUGCAAAUUACAGAAAAGCCAUUGGCAGAGCAGAUGUCAUCACGAAGAACUGGGAAGAAAAACUAGCAGUGGUGGAGGAGGAGCUUCGCCAACGUACUGAGCAGUUAAAGGAUCUGAAGGGCGAGGUGAAGUCGAAGAGGGAGAGGGGCGCAGAACGGGGGAGAAGUGCUUCCCAGAAAGGAGACAGGACUGACAAAGGCCCUCCCCCAGGGCUGUCUGAGAGAGGCCCAGCUGAACCUUUGGCUGCUGGGGUGUCCGAGCUGAGGCUGGUGCUGCUGGGGAGGACUGGAGCUGGGAAGAGUGCCACAGGGAAUCUCAUCUUAGGAGGAAGAGAGUUCCAUUCGGAAGUCGAGGGUUUGGCUGUGACCAAAGAGAGGGGAAGGAGAAAAAGAGAGGAGAAAGGACCCAGUGUGAGCUCCAGCAAACAAGUUCACCCCUCUGAACUGAGGAUCGUCCUUCUCGGAGCACUGGGGGUGGGGAAGAGUUUGACUGGUAAUACGAUCUUGGGAGGCUCGGUGUUUGAGUCCGAGUACUCCAUAACCAGCGAAUGUCAGAAGCGAGAGGGCAUGGUGGCUGGGAGGCGGGUGGCAGUGGUUGAAGUCCCGGACUUAUUCCAUGCGGCGCUGACGAGGGACAAGACUCUGGCCGAGAAGUGCCUGGCUCUCUGCUCUCCGGGGCCGCAUGCUUUCCUUCUCGUCGUGCGGGUGGGGAAACUCACGACGGAGGAGGAGGUCGCUCUGGAAGCGAUCCGGAACGUCUUCGGGGAGGCGGCUUCGAAGCACACGAUGAUCCUUUUCAGCCACAGGGACGAGCUGAAGGGCCAGACGAUUCAGCAGCAUGUCGAAGAAUCCGGGGACGACCUGAAGAUACUGCUUGAGAAAUGUGGCGACAGGCAUCACGUCCUCAACAACAAGAACGUGAACGAUAGGCUGCAGGUUACCCAACUGCUGGAGAAGAUUGACCAGAUGGUGGAAGAGAACGCUGGCUGGUACUACACAAAGAACAUAUAUCAGGAGACAGAAGGAGCAAUACGACUGAAGGAGCAGCAGUACAAGGAGGAAUGGAUCCAGAGAGAAGAGGAGUUUAACCAGCAGCAUGAAAACAAACUGAAAGAAAGAGAGAGGAGAACAGAGGUGGAGUUGAUAAUUAGGUUUCAGGAUGAACAGCUCAGGAGAGAACAGGAGCUGCAGAAGAGGUUUCAGGAUGAACAGCUCAGCAGAGAACAGCAGUUGGAGAAGAGAUCUGAGGAUGAACAGACCCGUACUAAAAAGGAGAUGGAAAAGAGAUUUCAGGAUGAAUGGCUAAGGAGAGAACAGGAGCUGGAGAAGAGGUUUCAGGAUGAACAGCUCAGGAGAGAACAGGAGCUGCAGAAGAGGUUUCAGGAUGAACAGCUCAGGAGAGAGCAGGAGCUGGAGAAGAGAUCUGAGGAUGAACAGACCCGUACUAAAAAGGAGAUGGAAAAGAGAUUUCAGGAUGAAUGGCUCAGGAGAGAACAGGAGCUGGAGAAGAGGUUACAGGAUGAACAGUUCAGGAGAGAACAGGAGCUGCAGAAGAGGUUUCAGGAUGAACAGCUCAGGAGAGAGCAGGAGCUGGAGAAGAGACCUGCAGAUGAACAGACCCGUACAGAACAGAAGAUGGAAAAGAGAUUUAGAGUUGAACAGACUAGGAAAGAAGAGGAGCUGGAAAAGAGGUACAAAGAGGAAAACCUAAGAACAGUAGAGAAAUGGAAACAGAAAUAUGAUGACCUCCAGAGGGAAAUGCAGGCAGAGAAAGAGCAGUCAGCACAAGAGCUUGACAGGAGAGUAGAGCAAAUUGAGAAGAUGACUGAGAGUUUAGUUGAAGACAAUAGAAGGACAGAGAGGGAACUCAGGGUGGAUUUCCAGAGGCAAAUGAGUGAAAUAACUCAGAAACAUGAGGAGGAAAUGGAAGAGUUAAGACAGAGAUAUGAGAGGGAGAAGGAGACGGAAACAGAGCACCUGAGAGAGACAAUAUUACAGGAGCAGUGCAGACUGGAACAGGAGCUAAGAGUCAAGUACGAAGAAGAGAUUGGCAGGAGAGAAACAGAGGUGAGAGAGGAGCAGAGGAGAGGAGCAGAGAGACACCAGGAGGAACAGGCUCAGAGAGAGAGAAAGCUCACAGAAGAAUUUCUGAAAGAGAUGGAGGAAUGGAGACAGAAAUAUGAAGAACUGCAGAGGGAAAUGGAGGAGAUGAAAACAAGAUCUACAGAGGUACAAAACAGGAUGGAAGAAGAGGUGAGAGUCCACUAUGUAGAGCAGUUGAGCAGCAGAGAGAAAGAACUAAGGGAGCAACAUCAACGGGGGGAGAAGAGGAGAGAAAUGGAGAUGAAUCCUAAACUGGGAGAAACAGAGAAGUGUGAAGCAGCGAUCAGGGACCAGCUGGAAGAUCAACUGCAGGAGAAAGAGUCCAAGUCCAGAAAGGACAGUCCUACACAAGGCGAAGAGCUGGACCUGCAGGGUGAAGAGGAGCUCAGCCCAGGAGAGAUACAGGGGGACAGGCAGAGAGAGGAGGAGUGCGGAGGAGAGAAGGAACUGGAACGACAGCUGGAUACGAUGAGGAGAGGUUGGAUUGACCUGGAGCAGAGACAUGGAGAGCUCCAGAGCAGGGAAAAACUCCUGGAGAAGAGACUGGAAGAGAAGGUCAGGGAAUUAGAUGCACUAAAAAAGGAAUGUAAAGGAAACAAGGACCAAAAGCUAGAGGAGGCAAAACAGUCAUUAGCAGAGGAGAAGAUAAAAAUUGAGAGAGUCCUCAAGGAGAGGAGCAGGAUAGAGAGAGUCCUGAGAGAGGAGCUACGGAAGGAGAUGGAGGAGUUGACCCAGAAACACACAGAGGAGAUGGAAAGGCAGAGACGGGAGGUGAAGCUGAGGUCUGAGGAGGAGUACAGAGACAGAGCAGAGACACUGAGGCUUCAGCACCAGCAGGAGAGCAGCAGGAGAGAGAGAGAACUGAGGGAGCAAUACGAAGAGAGAGAGCUGAGAGAAGAGCAGAGGAGAGGGGCAGAGAGACACCAGGAGGAGCAGGCUCAGAGAGAGAGGGAGAUUAAAGAGGGAUUUCUGAAAGAGAUGGAGGAAUGGAGGCAGAAGUGCGAAGACCUGCAGAGGGAAAUGGAGGAGAUGAAAAAGAGAUCUACAGAGGAACAGCGCAGAAUCAAAUUCUUAAACUUACGGCAGCAGCAGCAAGCGGAAAUGGAGAACGCUAAAGAGAAAUAUGACAGCAAAUGUCGAGGGAAAGUAGCGGAGCUCAGAAAGAGGUUCGAGGAGGACCCCACAAAGAGGAAAGCCAUGCAUCAUGAUGAAGAGGAGAACGAGGAACGAGAAAAGCUUGAGAGGCUUUGCAGAGACAUUAAGAGGUCGUACGAGGAGAAGCUGAAGAGAGAAGUGAAGGAGCUGGAGGAGAGGUACAAGGAGGAAGAGAGCAAGGUCAUGCAGGAAAUGGAGACGCUCAAAGAGGAAAUCGCCUCUGAACGCCGGAAAAAACUAAUCAUCCAGGAGAAGUAUGAAGCGAAGUGCCAGGAACUCAAGAAGGCCAAAAUGGACUAUGAUGCAAAUUACAGAAAAGUCGUUGGCAGAGCAGACGACAUCACGAAGAACUGGGAAGAAAAACUAGCAGUGGUGGAGGAGGAGCUUCGCCAACGUACUGAGCAGUUAAAGGAUCUGAAGGGCGAGGUGAAAGGGAGGAUCCAGAGAGAAGUAAAGGGAAAGCCGCAGGGCCGGGAGGAGGAAGUGAGGCCGAAGCGUGCCGAGGGCUCUCGGGAAGAAGGGACGGAGAUGGCUGGUGGCCGAGAGGAACCGCAUAGCCGGGACGAGCUGGAAAACGAGCCGGGAGGAUCCCCGAGGUCGGACCGGCAAGGGGAAGUGGCGGAGGGAGGGGGGAGAGCGAGGCGAGAACAUUGA